AUGGCAUCAACCCGGACCUCGCUCGAUCGUUCCCCUUCCGAGACCGAGCAUACUUCUCCCACGACCUCGUCGCCGCAGUCCCUUUCUAAAGCAGUCCACGCGCGGCGUGCUGAAUACACGCGCAAGAAGAAGAUCAAGAUCAAAAUUGGCAGUUGGAAUGUUGCGGCAUGUCCAGGUACUGAGCGCGAUCUAGAGGCGUGGUUCGUGGAGGGCAAAGGUGUAGAUGAGCACCUUAGUGGAGUAACAAUCCUGGAUAGCGAUGAAGGUCCUGGAAAAGAAAGUGUUGGUGCUCAAGAAGCAAGGAGAAGCAAAAAGGAGCCCACAGUACCUCGUGGCGAUAAGAGUGGUUUGCCUGGGGGCGAGGAAAUUGGACUAUACGUGCUUGGGUUGCAAGAGGUUGUAGAUCUCACGAGUGCGAGGGAGUAUGUUGGGAGGGUUUACACGGAUCUUGGCCCUACCACCAGAUGGCGCAAAGCUAUGAAGGAUGGCCUUCCUAAGGGAUAUGUCCAGAUUGCGGAACAGCAGCUGUCGGGGUUAUUGUUAUUGAUUUUUGCUUCGCCAGAGGUUGCUCCCACUAUUAGCUCUGUGAGUACCGUCAGCGUGGGAACAGGCAUUAUGGGAUAUCUGGGAAAUAAAGGCGCAGUAGCGACACGCGUAGUUUUGGGAGAGACAACAAGAAUGGUUUUUGUAAACUCCCAUCUUGCCAGCGGAAGCGACCCGACGCAUUUGGAUCGGAGGUGCUGGGAUGUUACUCAGAUUCUCCAGCGGACGAGGUUCGAACCUAUCAGCUGGGGCGGAGUUUUGGAUGAUUCCUCUGAAGGCAUUGGAGAAGAAGACUUUGCGUUUUGGUUUGGGGACCUAAAUUUUCGGCUUGAUGGGUUGCCGGGGGAGGAUAUCCGAAGGCUACUGCUGUUACAUACGAAAGGAGAAUACGAUAUUGGGGACCCAUCGAGGGUCAAAAUCGACGACGAGUUAGCACAUAACGAUGAUCCUAUCGUCAUACAUAGCAUUGACAGCGGCGAUGAGGACGAUGAACUGUCAGGGGAUGAAGAGCAAUCACAGCGACGGACUAGUAGUAGUUUUGAUGCAGCAGAUGAUGAUUCCUCUUCCAAUACUUUACCAGACCCCGAUGACUUUAUUCAAGAUCCUAGUCAAGACCCUGCAUCACUGCAGGCUACGCUUGAUUCUUUAUUGCCACACGAUCAAUUAAAACGGAUGCAGCGACAGAAGAAAGCCUUUCAUGAUGGAUGGCGAGAAGGUCCGAUCACCUUUCCUCCAACAUACAAGUACGACGUUGGAAGCGUUGGCAUGUUUGACUCGAGCGAAAAGAAACGUGUUCCAAGUUGGUGUGACCGUAUUGUAUAUCGCACCCGGAAAGACAGACUAGAGUAUGAGGAAAAGAAGCGACAGGAAGAGAUAGCUCGAAUCAAGGAUGAAGAAAUGCAAUCCAGUGGUAUUGCACAAGCCGCGGAAGAUGAAGAUGUGUUGUUUGACUACAACCCAGAUGACGAUGGGGCAGACGAACCUUCAUCUGCUCCUCCACCUAAUGAUUAUGACGACUAUGACGAAGAAAACGAGGAUGCCCCCGAAGUGGUCAUUACGGAAGAGGGAUUCACGGAUAGUAUUCUGCAAGAAUACUACACCUCACAUCAGCGCGUCCUAUCCUCGGACCAUAAACCAAUCGAUGCUGUCUUCACCGUUGAGUUCGACGCAGUUGUGACCGAUCUCAAAGCAAAAGUACAGCAAGAGGUAGCUCGGGAGUUGGAUCGGGCGGAGAAUGAGGGCAGGCCUGGAAUUACUAUCAUCUUCGACCAGGCGCAAGAGGAGGUAGAGACCAGCGCUCCACCUCCAGGGGGGGAUGGUGCGCAGGGUGUCGAUUUCGGAAAAGUUGCGUACCUUCAACGGAAAACUCGAAGCCUCACGAUCGCCAAUACAAGUCAAGUCUCGGCUACUUUUCAAUUUGUCGAUAGGCCAACUGAAUCUGGAGAAGGCAACAAGCUUGCGCCACCAUGGCUCUCUGUAACCUUUGCGGGUUCAGACACGAAUGAAGAGGACCGGGAGAAGCAGAAAUUGCAAAGAGACAUCACGCUCGAACCUGGCGAUGCCGUAAAUGCCACCGUUGAAAUAUUCGUUGAGGACAUGCUCUUAGUCCAAUCUCUAAACAAUGGGACGGCACAACUUGACGAUGUCUUAGUUCUUCGGGUUACAGGCGGCAGAGAUCAUUUCCUGCCAAUACGCGGUACUUGGUUACAGUCUUGCUUUGGACGCCCGAUAGACGAGCUAAUUCGAAUACCGGAGGGUGGUGUCAGAGCUCUUUUGCCCAGAACAGAUGGAAAAGGAGCUCCAACCAAUAGGGGCCAAGCAGUUUGCUGGUCUGCCCCGCGAGAGCUCAUCAAACUCACAGAAACGAUUGAGACACUCACGGAGCGUGUGACCGCUGACGCCAACAUGAUUGACACAGCACAGCUCCCUAUCGAAUCUGCCGGCUGGCCAUUCAAUAACCAGUCUUGGCUGCUCAAAGAUACCCGAACGAGGGAGGCCCAUAAGGCAUAUCUGCUUGAGGCACUCGACUCCGACAAAAACCUCGCCGAUGCUUUCCCCCUAGGAAUCCCUGAAAUAGAAAAGCUCGAAAUCGCGGCUGAAAUCCUCAUCAUGUUUCUGAAUAGUAUAACAGAUGGUAUCGUACCAGAGAUGUUAUGGGCGAAAUUAGAAGAGGAUAUCAAUGUCCGUCUUGCUAACCCCCUCACCGAUCCCGAGGAAAUCAAGACCUGGGUUCUAGAUGUCCUAUCAGCGAGUCCCAACCAUAAUAUCUGCUUCGUAUUCUUGACCUCCAUGCUUUCUAGAGUCGCCGCUGAGCUUGCACCUGUGCCAAAGUACAGCUGGAAGGAACAAAGCAUCAAGAGUGCUAGGAGUAGUAUAGACACCGUCAGACGUAGCUUGAGUUGGAAACGCAGUAGCGUGCUCGGUGGUAAUCGAAAGGUCGAGGUGCUUGAGGACCCGGCGGUCCUGAGACGCACGGGUGUUGAGAAUAGUUAUACGGGUAUUUGGGCUCCGAUUUUGUUUAGGGGGAGCGAGGGUUUAAGAGAUAAGGAGAAGAAGAUUAUGGAUGAUAGGAGGAAAGCUGUCCUUGCCCCAUUUUUGAGAGCGGGAAGGGAUUAG